CGCGCGCCUCCCCGCCAGUCCUUCGUUAAGUGUACUGAAUACCGGCUCUCCUAUGCGGAUUGCUGUGUUGUUUUAGAACGGUGGAUUUGGAUUACCAAGCAUUGUAAUGUGGUUAUCAUGCAAGAAUGACAUGUCAGGGUAUUGGGUGAGCUAAUAACAACAGCAGCAGCAGCAACAUCAACAACAACAACAACAGCAGCAGUAACAACAGCAAUACAGAAUGGGGGAUCACCACUUUAUCCAUGAUGACAGCAAUGACUCCUUUGGUCCAAAAGGCUCUUUGGACCCAGUUAGAGCAAAGACGUGCUACUUUUACAAAGACCAGGAUUAUAAAUUUGGUGCAGUCAAAGUGGCCGUUAAUGAAAAAUCAUACCGCAAGUUUGAUGUGCUCCUCACCGAGUUGUGCCGGAGAGUUCCAGGUUUGAACUAUGGAGUCAGGGGAGUGUUUACACCUAGAGGUCGCCACAGCCUCAAAAGUAUCGGGGAUCUUAGGGAUGGUGGACAUUAUGUUUGUUCAACCAAACGGCGUUUUGCGAAGGGACUUGACCUUGAACAAGUUCACUCUCCCGAGUUGUGGCAUCUCAGCCCGAAGCCAAAGAGUGGGAUUCGAGAGUACAAUAACAUACUGCAGGAGGUUGAUGUGGAGGAGGGCAGACCAGUCAGACAGCGUAGAAUGAGAAUGGCAUAUGGAGCUAACGCAAACAGAGGUCCGAAGAAAGUGACUGUCAUGAAAAACCGGGAUCCAAGCUUCAGACACAUCAUGCUACUCAACAGAAGGACAUCACAGACGUUUGAUCAGGUUCUUUCAGAUCUCAGUGACAUGUUCAAGUUUGCUGUACGGAAACUGUUUACAAUUGAUGGACGUAGGAUAACCGGUUUGAGCCAGAUCCUAAAAGGCCCAGACGUUUUUGUGGCUGCAGGUAAAGAGCCCUUCAAGUCUAUGCUGACCUUGAUGUACAACGCCCCACAUCCCCCAUCUGAAAGGGGCCCCAGUCAUCGGCUAAGGAGCAGGAAUCCCACCCGAGACCACAUCGGAAGCCGGGUGCGAGAAAGACGGGAUCGAUUGAUACGUACAAAGGGACGAUGGAAAGUGUGGUUAAUGACCAAUGAGCUUGGCAGUGCAGGCACAGAUGCCCAGGUGACCUUGACCGUGUAUGGCAAGAAGGCUAACUCCGGGCCCAUUCCUCUAGGCUAUGCAGAUGACCAGCACUUCCAGAGUGGGCAAAUUGAUGAGUUUGAUAUCAGCGUAGGAAGCAUCGGAGAGAUCUACAAGAUACGUAUCGCCCACGACAACACUGGGAGCCACCCAGGCUGGUUUUGUGAUGAAGUGCGCAUGAAGGACAUCGAUACAGGGGAGGAACUUGUGUUUCCGUGCAAGAAGUGGUUGGCCAGGGAUGAGGAUGACCACGAGACGUGCAGGGAGCUGCCAGUCACACGUCCAGGGGACCCACAUCUUCCAUUGCUCAAGUAUGAGGUGGACGUAACUACAGGGAACUUGUGGAACGCUGGCACAGAUGCAAAUGUAUACCUGACCAUAUAUGGAGAUCGAGGAGACACAGGGGUUCGUCAGCUGUACACUGAGAACAGGCAGAGGAGUUUCAAUAAAGGGCAGACGGAUUCUUUCGAAGUGGAAGCGGUAUCCCUCGGGCACUUAAAGCGGGUCAUUGUCGGCCAUGAUGCUACUGGACCAGGGUCUGGUUGGUUCCUUGAACGUCUUGUCAUCAAAGACCCUACUUCAAAACAACAGAUCUUCACCUUCCAUUGUAACAAGUGGCUGGAUGAAGGAGAGGAUGAUGGGAAGAUUGUUCGUGAGCUGCGAGUGCAGAAUGAUUACACGGACGACAUCCUGGAAAAGAGAAACUGGGAGUUUGAGAAGUGGAAGUUUGAAAAUCGGAACCAGGUGAUGUAUUUCUCGCACUCUACAGGGAAAGCUCUGAGAAUUAAACUUGACGGAACCGUGGAUGGACUUGGUGAACCUAAGGAUCAAACUGGUGUGUUCAGUGUGCUCAAGAAGAAGAACAUGGUGGCCGUCUUCAGCAGUCAGACCAAUCCCAACUUCCACCUGGCCAUCGAGAAUGGCCGUCUGCUCGGACAUGGAAAGGGAGGGUCCCUGUGUGAGUUCAAAGUGCGUGUCCAGUCUGACCAGUCUGUGAUCCUCGAGGCCCUCAAGAAUCCCCUACAGUUCGUCACCAUCGGAAGCAAUGGUCGCCCUGGUGAAGUGCGGGGAAUCCUGGACUACGACCCCAAUCAGAAGUUCAGCGUCUUCUGCAAGGGAAUGUUCCGUGAGCGAGGCAUCGUGUUGUUUCGCACCUCUCCUACCCAGGCCAUCAACGUGGACCAGGACAAAACAGUUUUCGGGACAGGCAAGUGUAACAGAGCGGCCCACUUCCGUGUCCACAAGGUCUCCGAAGGUAUUAGGAUGUUCGAGAGCAUGAUCUACCCCGGAAACUUCCUCCGCUUCAAGGACGGCAAGAUAGACUGUAGUGGUAGAAAAGAUGACCUUUGUCAAUUCAUCGUGGCCAAACACCAUGACAAGGGCUAUGUAACUCUACAGUCUGCGAUAAGCCGAGGCCUGUAUGUGGGGCUGACCACUCAAGGUCGGAUACACCCCACUGUCGACACAGGGGUGCAGAACAUCUGGCUCUACCCGGAGGUUGUGGAGUUUGGUGUUCCAAAACAGAGAGGUGGUGCAUCCCAUCGUACCCCUAGAGAGUCCUCACGGGAGAGGGACCGCCAUUCCCCUAGAGGGUCUUCACGGGAAAGGGGCCGCCGUUCUAGAGGGUCUUCACGGGAGAGGGGCCGCCAUUCUAGAGGGUCUUCACGGGAGAGGGGCCGGCGUUCCCCAAGAGGGUCUUCAAGGGAACGUCGUCCCAGGUCUCCAAGGGCAGAGAUAGAAGAUGGGGACUGGAAGAUCAUCGUCAGCUCCUCGGAGAGCCUGGAAAAUGGUGAAGUUGCAAUUGUUGCGUAUGGUGACAGGGGCUGUUCUGGUGCCAUUAUCCUCGCCGGCCCUGCCCAAAAUGGAACGCUCUUCCAGACUGGCAGCAAUGAUGAGUUCAAGUCCAACUUCCACAAGUGUGGCAAGUUGUACAAGAUCCGUCUGGAGUUGAUUCCCAAGAACCCAACCAAGGCUCCAUCAUGGAAGGUGAGAGAGGUCAAGAUGCAGGACCUUAAGUCUAAGGAGAUGCUCAAAUUCCAGUUCAACCGAUGGUUGUCACGGAGACAGGAUGACGAGGAAAUCAUGCGAGAAAUGCCAGUUGUGAGGCCUGGCGAAAAUGUUCUUCCAGUGUUGUCCUACGUCGUGGAAGUGAUGACUGGGACAGAGAGAAACGCUUCUACUGAUGCAGAUGUUCACCUGACCAUCUUCGGUGAACGUGGGGACUCAGGGAAGAGAGUGCUCCGUCUGUCAAACAACAGAAACAAGUUCAAGGCAGGACAGACGGACUCGUUUGAAGUGGAGGCAGUACACCUUGGUAAACUGAACAAAGUCCACAUUGGCCACAAUGCCACUGGUGCAGGUGAUGGCUGGCACCUCGACAAAGUCAUCAUCAAGGAGAGUGAGAGCUCCCGUGACCAGUACAUCUUUCCUUGUGACAGAUGGUUUGAUUCUAGCUUGGAAGACCGACGUAUCGAGCGAACUCUGCAUGUCAAGGAGCCAGCCCCCAGCAAAAUCGUCACAGCAAUGAGACGCGAGUCGUCUGAGUAUGCCUCUCAGGUUGUCGCUGCAGCUCUUGAGGCUGCGACUAGAAACUUGCAGUUUGGGGACAUAAGACGCGAUAGUCGUCAGUCUGAUUUUAAUGAUACUGAACCAAGCGUUGUUUAUGAAGAUGAAAGCUUUGAACUGGAGAAAAUUGAGAAUGACAUAAUUGACGAGGAUACUGAUAAUAGUGAAGUAUCUGAACAUGGCGGUGUGCAGUUAGAGCGGGUCGCACAAGAUAGGGACGACGGCAAUGACACUGACCACAGUGUCGUGUCCGAAGCUGAUAACGACGAUGAAGCACCUGCAAGGCAUGCUCAGAAUGAUUCCGACCCCGAUGGCGAGGCGGAGGAGAAGAAAGUAACUGCAACAAAAAAGAAGGAAGAAAGCAAUAAACCUGGAGACUGGACAGUGUGGCUGACAACAGGGAAGAAGGAUGGGAUCGUCACCAAGGAUGAAGUCGUGAUGUACGUGUAUGGAUCGUCGGGACACGUGGGACCAAUCUCACUGGGGAAGGGGGAACAGGACUACUUCAAAUCAGGAAACACAGAUCAGUUCAAAGUACAUUUCCAGUCAAAACUGGGUCAUCUGUACAAGAUCCGAGUUGGUCUGUCGGAGAUUGAGCCAGACAGCCGCUGGUACCUGGAGAAGGUACGGAUGAUGGACAUGACCUCCAAGGAAGAACUGAAUUUCAAGGUGAACCGCUGGCUGUCCAGGACGGAGGACGACCAUGAUGUGUGGAGGGAGCUGCCUGUCACCUCCAAGAACCAGCGCCCUCUCCCAGUGCAUGUGUACCAGGUGGAAGUCUUCACAGGGAGUGGUGAGGGAGCCGACACUGAUGCUAAUGUCUCCAUCACCAUCUACGGCGAGAGCGGGGACACCGGCAAGAGGAAGCUAUACAUGUCCAAAUCAAACAAGCAGGGAUUCCAGAGGGGCAAGAUUGAUGUGUUUGACGUGGAAGCUGUGUCACUAGGAGAACUGGAGAAAUUGAUCAUCGGUCAUGAUGGAAUCCGUGCUGGAAAUGGCUGGUACCUUGAGAAGGUUGUCGUGAAAGAGUCAUCGGGCGUUGACAGUCGGCAGUUUUUCUUCCCGUGUGACAGAUGGUUGGACAGUGGGAAGGAGGACAAGAAGAUAGAGAGGGAGCUGGUGGUUGCUGACCCUCCCUCUGUGUCACAGGGAGAUUUCAAGCUGCUAGUGAAGACUGCCAGUGACUCCAAAGCUGCCAAUGGCAGCAAAGUCUCCAUCGCCUUCUACGGCAGCACCGGCAACAGUGAAGACAUCGCUCUGUAUGCUCCAUCGUCUCAGGCCAAGCUGUUUGAACCUGGAAACAUGGAUGAGUUCGAGGUCUCAGUGGGAGAUAUAGGGGAGUUGUAUAAGGUCCGUAUCUCCCGGGACGACAGUGAGGAGUGGAAAGGAUGGCACCUGCAAGAUAUCACUCUGCAGGACAAACAUACAAAGGAUGAACAUGUGUUCAAGUUUGACCGCUGGCUGGGAAGGGGGAUGGAUGACUCGGACCUGACUAGGGAGAUUGCUAUUGUCAGGGGAGGCAAGCCAGUCGAUAAAGUGUAUCACUACACCCUGACUGUUCACACUGGAGAUCACUGGGCAGGGGAAACUGAUGCAGAGAUCUACAUGACAUUAUAUGGUAGCCAUGGCGACACGGGGCGUAGACGACUCUACGUCAACCCAGCUGAUGGACCCAAAUUCAGGAAAGGGAAGACUGAUGCGUUUGAGUUUGAAGCAGUGGACCUGGGAGAGUUACGGAACUUGGUCAUAGGUCACUCCAGCCAAGGUCAUGGUGCUGGUUGGUUCCUGGACAAGGUGGAGGUGAUGGAGAAAGGUGGCAGCCGCCCUAGCGUCCAGCAUGUCUUCCCCUGUUACCAGUGGCUGGACAGUGGGGAGGGGGAUGGAGCGACAGAGAGGACACUCAAUCUCAUAGACACUGUAGAUACACGCAAGAAGUCACCCGCAAAGAAGAGUGGCAAAAACAAUGGUGUGUAUGAUGUGAUCGUCAAGACAUCCAAUGAGGAAGAGGCAGGGACCAAGUCACAUGUCUCAGUCACGUUGUGUGGUAAAAAUGGUGACUCUAAGCCACAGCAGGUCCCUGACCCGAAGGGUGAUGUGCUCUAUCCUGGCAGAGAGGGGAAGUUCCAGAUCAAUGCUGGUAACAUCGGGGACCUGAUGAAGAUUCGUCUGGAGCACGAGGCAGCUAGUGCGAGCCCUACAUGGAAGUGUGACUAUGUGAAGGUUUCGAACUCCUCCACAGGGGAGGAGCUGAUGCUGUAUGUAGACAGGUGGUUUGCUGAAGAGAAGGAUGAUGGACAGACCGUGAGGGAGAUUGCUGUCACAGGCAGACCCAGUCAGAUGCCUCUUCCAGCCCUGCAGUAUGUGGUGAUGAUCCAGACUGGGCGGGGUCGAGGAGAUGGUUGUCCUGGAGCACAGGUAGCAGUCAACCUAUAUGGUGUCCAUGGUAACACAGGUCUCCGCCCACUGACCGGAUCACUGAACGGAGUUACCAGUAUGUGGAACGACGGCCACCUGGAUGUGUUCGUGGUCUCAGCUGUCUCCGUGGGCAAGCUCCAGCAGGUGCAGCUCAAAUUCACAGGGAAGGGGAGAGAUAACGACUGGACGGUGGAUCACGUGACAGUGAUGGACAGCGUGUCAGCAGCGUUUGAGAGUGUGUGUCGAUGUAACCAGACUCUGAGGGAUGACGGCAAGGGUACCCUAAAGUCUCUACCUGUGUCAGAAACUCAGAUCUCAACAGGAGUGCCUGAGGACAUCGCCUUCCGGAUACGAGACAAGAGAGAGCCGGAGAGUCGAGGGAAAUGGACAGGUCUGGUUUACACUGGCGGUCAGAGUGAUGCAGGGACCAAAGACAAGGUCAUGAUGGUCAUCUAUGGCACAAGUGGACACACAGAGCCGAAGCAGAUCAACAAGACGGCACACUCAGUCCAGGGUCCUGUCUUAAAGUGCAGUUCCUCAUCUCUGAAUGUGGGCAAGAUAGGCCAAAUGUUCAAAGUCCGGAUCUUCUUUGAUUCCAAAGCCGGGAAUUCCUCCUGGUUCUUGGAGAAGAUGAAGUUGAAGGAUGCUAACUCAGGUGAGGAGUUCAACCUAGAGUACCGAGACUGGGUGAGAUCCUCCACAGACAACCCUGACGGCACCAUAGAGCUUCCUACCAUCAGACCUGACAUGGCGCCAUUACAAGAUACGGUGUAUCAGGUUGCCGUGGUGACAGGGGAUCUACCUGUGGCAGAGACUGAUGCUGAAGUGUUCUGUACUGUGAUUGGUCAGUGGGGAGACACUGGAGAGAGAGUGUUGGCGCUCCCACAGAGUAAAAAGAAACCAUUUCGGCAGGGAAAGCGGGAUGAAUUUGAAAUUCGAACUCUUGACCUUGGUGUAAUCUCUAAGCUUCUGAUUGGCCACAAUGAAAUCGGUCGUGGAGCUGGCUGGCAUUGUGAGCGGGUGUCCAUUGGAAGUCAAAGCAAGAGAGCAGGUGAUCUAUGGAUGGAUUCUGGCUGUGAAGACCGUCGACUGGUCAGAGAGUUAACUCCCUUUGCUCACCUUCAACCAGGACCAGAAAUUACUCCAGCUCAACGUUCUAAGUCAAAGGGUGUGUGGACAUGUUUUGUCACCAUGGCAACUGAAGACAAGUUGGACAUGUCACAGACCGAUUUCAGCAAGCCGCGGCCAGUGACGAUGUUUGUGUACGGUAGUCGGAGUGUGGAGGGAGCGCUGGAACUGACCAAUGGGAAGAAGACACAUCUGAUGCCGGGUCAGACUCACAAGUUUGCGGGCAUAAAGUUGGGCAACAUUGGUGACAUUGAGAAGGUGCGAGUGACACUUGGGGAGGAGAAGGAGGAGAAACCAGUGUGGACAAUACAGCAGGUGACCCUGACCGAUGCAGAGACAGGAGAGAGUCUUACCUUCAACUUUGACUCCUGGGUCGGUGAAGUCAAUGGUGACAUCAGCAAGGAGCUCCCUCUCAUCAAACCAGGCCAAACAUUCCCUCCAUUGAUCGACUACCGGGUAGUGGUGUACACUAGCAACAUGAAGAAUGCUGGGACACAAUCAGACGUCUUCCUGAACAUGUACAGCAAGGGUCGGGACUGUGGGCGGCGACUGCUGCUCCGUAACAACUUGAACAAGUCAACCAAGUUCCAGGAGGGCCAGGUGGAUGCCUUCAUUGUGAGUGCGGUUGACCUUGGGGAGAUAGACAGGGUGAAGGUCACCAAGGGUCCAGGCAAUCCUUGGCAUCUGGACAAGAUCAUCAUCAAGGCAGGGCCAUUUGACAACACUCAGAGGGUGUUUGACGCUGACAGGUGGCUAGGAAGUGAUAGGAGCAAGUCACUGGAGGUUGAUGAGACCUUGACCUUGAGUGGCACAAGACCAAGGGCAGUGGCCUUGCCUCCUGAAUCUGCUGACGAUCUUCCAGUGUCACGGGGUCAGUGGAAGAUAGAGGCAGUGACCGGUGAAGGUGGAACAAGGGGCAAUGUGUCCGAUCUGGUGGUGGUGCUUGGUGGGGAGAGAGGGGAGAGUUCACUACUGUCACUCAAGUCUUCCAGGAGCAAACCCUUCCAGCCCCGCCAGACCGAUCUCUGUCAGGUGAAACUGGCCGAAGAUAUUGGCGAAAUGACAAAAGUACGAAUUGGUUUCCGUGACAACGAUCGUGAGAAAGCGUGGAACUUGAAAGAGAUCCGCUUUGAGGACGAGGACACUAGGGACUGUUUUUCAUACAACCUUGACAGUUGGGUUGCCGUUGACGACAACCAAGAUGGCUGGAGAGAAUUCCCAGUGGUAUGGCCUGCUGUAAAGAUCUUACCAGUGGUCAAGUAUCAAGUCUCUGUUCACCUGGGAGAUGUUCCCAAGCCUGGCUCGGGGCUGCAGCUGUACGUGGAGAUAUUCGGUGAAGCAGGAAGCACUGGCCACAGAUCCCUCAAGCGUUCUCUCAAUAAUGCCAAGACCUUCCAGCCAAACCAGACAGACGAGUUCCAGAUAGAGGCAGUAUCAGUGUUGGACAUCGAGCGUGUCAUUGUCGGACACUCGUACAGGGAGAAGGGUAGGGGUGUAUACCUGAAGAAGGUGGUUGUCAAGGAGACAACGGAAACAAACAGGGAAUAUGUGUUCGUAUGUAACAGAUGGUUGGACCAGGGGCAGGAUGAUCAUGCAAUAGAGAGGGCCCUGGUGCCACACUCGGGGCCAGUAGUUGAUGCACCUCCACGCGCUGCCUCACGUUCCAAGGAGAAGACACCUUCCCCUAAACCUCACUCACCCACAGGUGACCCAUGGACAGUUUGGACAACGACUGGUGCUAACAGGGAGGACGGCACAGGGAAUGCUGUCACCCUUGUACUGUAUGGGGACAAAGGUCACAGUGAACCAAUCAUCAUUGGGGAGCAAGAUGACUUCGAGUUCAGACCAGGAUCAAAGGACAAGUUUGAUGUACGAGUGAGUCGAGACGUGGGUGAGGUGUACAAGGUGCGACUGGCGUUUGACGGGGCAGCAGAUCGGCAACAGAAGUGGUACUCUGACUUCAGCUCUUGUCCGUCCUGGCUCCCAGAUACUGUGGUGGUGAUGAACAACAAGACAAGGAAGGAGUACAUGUUCGAGAGUCGGAAGUGGGUGCGGGUGACGGACUAUGAAGACUGUGUACUGGAGCUACCCGUAUACAACAAGGACGAGGACAAGAUGUUGCAGGUGUACAAGUACCAUGUUGAGGUGUUUACUGGCGAUGUGAAGUAUGCAGGCACCGACGCCAAUGUCUACAUACAGAUAUAUGGCGACAGAGGUGACACUGGCACCAGACAUCUCCAUGGGUCUUACACCAAUGCCAACAAGUUUGAACAAGGCAAUUGCGAUCUGUUUGAGAUCGAGGCUGUGGAAUUAGGCAAGCUGAAGAAGGUGAAGGUCAGCCAUGAUGGUUAUGACGCCGGUUCAGGAUGGUUCCUGGAUAAAGUUGUUAUAGAAGUCCCCCAGGAGGGCAACGAUAAAUACGUCUUCAAGUGUGCCAGAUGGCUGGACGAGGGGCAGGACGACAAGGCCCUGGAAAGAGUACUGCCAAUGUCAGAAACAAUCAAAGCCAAGAAACCAAAAGCUGGUGACUGGCAGGUGCUGGUGACGACAGGCGACGAGGACGACAGUGCUACAGAUGCCCGUGUUUUCCUCACAGUCUAUGGCGACAGAGGAAGGUCAGAUGAGGAGAGGCUUCAGGGUCACUUCCACGUCAGCAGGACUGACCACUUCGAUAUCUGGCUGGACCCCAAUAAGAUUGGGAAGAUAAGAAAAAUCCGUCUACGUCACGAUGACAGUGGGAUGGCAGCAGGCUGGAGAGUCAAACAGGUCGUGCUGAUUGACAGGGUCCGAGAUGAGCGUCUGGAGUUCCCAAUCAACCGCUGGCUGUCCUUCUCGGAAAACCAUGGGGACAUCGCUGUAGAGGUACCAGCUCACUGGCCAAAGAAAACCCCAGAAGCAGUGUACAAGUACGUUGUCCAGACGACGACAGCCACAGACUGGGGUUCUGGCACUGAUGCCAGUGUCUACAUUAACCUCUUUGGAAGUAAAGGGGACUCUGGGAAAAGAUUUCUUAGGAAUAGUCUGGAAGACAAAAACAAGUUUGAAACAGGAUCGGUGGACACGUUCCAGUUGGAGGCGGUGGACCUUGGACGUCUGGAGAAGGUGGUUGUCGGCCAUGAUGGCAGUGGGGCUGGAGCAGGAUGGAAGCUUGACUCCGUCACUGUCAAGAUCAACAACAAGGAACAGUUUGUCUUCCCAUAUGGAAAGUGGAUAGACGAGGACAAGGAUGACCAACUGACAGAGGUAGAAAUCCCUGUCUCUAAAUCACACCGCGGUGGCAGGUAGAUUCUACAGCAAGCUCUUCAUCAGGGAGUUCCAGUCAUCUAAGCUUCAUCAAGAAGACACUUCGUCCAAGCUUCUGUACUUUGGCCACAACAAUCGCGUUUAACGGACACGUGAGAUCUUGUGCAAUGCCCCUCCACAAGGACCAGUGGUCAGCUGACACAUAACAUGAUGGCAGGUGCCCCACCCAUAUCCACCUAACAAUCGCACAAAAACUGAUUUGAAUUCAUGUGUAUUUGUUGAAUCAAACACAUUACUGAAAAUGGAUACAAUUUCUUUCAUGUUCUUGAAGCAAACACUCAGUCUAUCUGUUGUUAUCAGAAGUAUAUAUUUGUUAUGUGAAACUGUUAUACAUAUAGCUACACAAAAGCAUAUAUUUUGAAAGUGCUAUAAUCAUAUGUGAUUCAUGAUAUACUGUGAUAUACAUGUAUAAUCUAUUUCAGUAUGGCAUAUACAACAUCAACAAGUGACACGUAUUGCAAUAUCAUUGUUAUGACAGGGCCUUCACUUGUUGAUUCACUUCGUUACACUGAUACAUGAAUACUAUAGGCUGUUUUGUCACUGUAACUGUUGUUCUAGAGACAGUUGUUUGUUGUUUAUCUGUGAUAUGUAGAAUAUACACCGGGUAAUACGUAUUAUACCUUUCAAUAGGUGUAACAUUGUAGCAACGAAUGAGUUGGCUAAUGGUUGUUUCUAGGUGCUUCUAGCAGGGAUGGAUCUAUUGUUGAUAUUACAAGUCUGUAGCAUUUAGUCAUGCAUAUAUAGUGUUAUCUAGUAGUGCCAAGCCUGUUUCAUUUAUUUCAUAUGUUAAUGACUUUGGUUAGUUAUACUUAUUGUUUCUGUGUGGAGAAAUACAAGACUCAGUGAGACGUGUGAUACUCUACUUGAUGGUAUAUGUCAUUGUGUACUUAUAUAACCUACUCAACUUUUGAUAGGGAUUAUCCGCUCAUUCUAAUUAAAUAUACACUUUAUAUAUUACGAGAAUCAGUUUGUGUAUCAUGGAAAGAUGAUAAUAUCCCUAUCAAAAGUGGAGUUAUAUAUGUCUGUGUUGUCCUUAAAUCAUUUGUGUUCUCAAGGCCUUACUCCCAUCAACCUACAUGCAUACACUUCGUGUCAAGCCUCCCCUCAUACACAGCCCCAUCAACCCUCCCCAUACCAGAUUCUAAUAAUAUCUGUCUGCACAUGCAAACCUCAGGCUACAUCAAUGGGACACUCACUAUGUACAGUGUAGCAAUUCAAUAUUAAACACUAAUCCCGUGAAUUCUGUUCCAACAAUUGUGAAUUUCUUCAUGUCACUGUCCUUGCAUAUCACAGUGUGAGAGCCCCAGCCUAAUACAGAGUAGAAAACACCUAACGCUGUUAAGGAACAGUAUUUACGGAGUCCCAAUUUUAGUAAAGGUCCCUCGCCCCAGCCGCAGCUCCCAGCUUCCGAAGACAUCUCUCCUGUGAUAUAAACAGAUACCUUAAGUGCCACUCAGGACCAGCCAUGUUGAGGCUGUCUCAUGAAGGGUGGUGCAUAUACUCACACCUGCAGACCUCUGUCUAGUGUAGGGUGAUGUAUAUACUCACACCUGCAG